AUGUUGCUAUCGCUUGCCCUCUUGGCUUCUACUGCUUAUGGCAGUAACACCUUGAACUCCUUUAUUAAGCGCAGUCUUCUUGAUCCUAUAGGAACCGAUUCUGCCGAGAGUAUUGCAGGUGGCACUGUCGAGUGCAGUGCUGCUCCAGUGAUCACGUUCUUUGAUGGCCUCAAGCCUCCGUUUCCAACCAACUCGUGGUGGGCUCCUUACGCUGCUCCUCCUGGGAACGCAACUGCAGCUGGCCCAUUCCCAUAUGAGUCUGCCCUGGAUGGCAAUGGCGUUAUCUUCGGUGUCAGUACUCAGCGGUCGUUUGACGGGACAUCGAUCAAGCAACCAACGCAGGCCGACUGGCGUGCGUCCUUUGUCGAGCAUUCAGGCGAGUUUUCAAACCACAAAGCGGUUGGGUUUGACACACAAAGUGUGACCGUCCAGUACUUCGAAGAAAGCGCGUCAAUGACCUUCUAUGGAGUCCCCGGCUCACCUUACGUGACAUUCCAGUAUAACCAGUCUACGCCGGUAUUGACGGCAAUGAGAGGAGGAAUCACGUCAUUCAACAACCAAACUCUCUCUGUCGGUGCAAAUGUUACCGUUACCGGUACCCAAUUCAGCGUGAGCAGCAAAAACUCCACCUACCUCAUUUACGCUCUCUCUCCGAUCACUCUCACGGCGACUGCAACUUCGUCCGAUGAGGGGUCAAUCAGCGCCUCGAGCCCAUUCAGUGGAGUCCUCCGCCUAGCUAUGCUUAAUGAAACCUCUCAUAAGGCUCUCCUCGACCAGUACAGCGGCGUGUACCCGACCUCUGUUGGGCUUGACUACUCAUGGACCAACUCGACCGGUACCAUCGUCUUCAAUUGGGACACGGCCGGUAAUGGGAGCGAUCUACUCAUGCUGACAUGGCCACACCACCGCAUUACGAUGCAAAAACCGAACUUUCCUGACAUAACGGCUCUGUCUUAUUUAACAAUCAAGGGAUACAUGUACCCUGCCCUAGGCAAGCAGUGGCAGUUACUGUACAAUCUCACAUCAAACUUGUGGGAUCCUCCUCGCGAUCUUGACGAUUCCUGCUCUGCUUCUGUUCUGAAAGGUCUCGAGUACGAAGUUGGCCAACUAAACGUUUCUAAUGCCCCUGUUCCCGGUGACUUUUACUAUUGGGGUGGUGCACUGAACUCAGUAGCCCGGCUGGCGAGCAUUGCCGACAAUCUUGGGCGCUCCGAUCUCGUCGAUCCUGUUAUUCAAUACCUCGAGGCCUCCUUCGCCUACUGGUUCAACACGUCUGCAACAACUCUACCAGCCUACGAAACGGCAUGGGGUGGCGUUGUUGACAAGGCGGGUGCAACAGAUGCCAACAUUGACUUUGGCAAUGGAUUUUACAACGACCACCACUUCCACUACGGCUACUUUCUCUCUGUUGCCGCAACCAUAGCCAAGUAUGACUCAUCCUGGUUAAAAGAUAACAAGGACUACAUUAACUGGUUUGCCCGAGACAUCAUUAACCCGUCACUUGACGACCCCUACUUUCCAGUUACCCGCUGCCGCGACUGGUUCGCAGGUCACUCUUGGGCAUCUGGAAUUGCUAAUGGUGCAGGAAGCCGUGACCAAGAGUCGACUGGUGAAGCUGUGAAUGGAUACUAUGGCGCGGCUCUCUGGGCAUCGGUUGCACUCUCUGACGACUAUCUGAACUACGCAAGGCUUCUCCUGGCGUCGGAGAUGCAUGGUGCCCAGGUCUACUGGCACCUCUACCCAGACCAAAGUGCGACAGAUCCAAACAACCCUUAUCCUGAGCAGGGAGUGAGAGAAUUGGUCACCAUCGGAAACGUGGAAGAUUGGCAGUCUGGGGCCUGGUUGUUCUGGGGAGCUCAGAAGAGCGAGAUCGCGGCCAUCCAACAACUACCUAUCACCCCUGCCAACGAGGCCCUCUACGAUACUGAGUGGGUUGAGAACGUCUGGUCUUAUGCAAUGGAUGAGAUCCUUGACCCUACUAUCGGUGAUUCUUGGAAGUGCGUCAUGAUCGCUGCGUACUCGAACGCCCAUCCGCAGGUUGCUGCUGAAUGGAGUGCAAACAUCACCGACUGGGGCACCGGCCAGACGUAUACGAACGAACUUUACUUUAUCGGAACACGGCCAAACCUGAGCGGCGGCUCGAUCUGCGGUGUACUUCCUGAGAACCCAUACGGCACAUUCCAGUUACAGGAGGCAUCCUCAGGCAAUUAUGUUACUGCGUCCAGCGAGAAUACAAAUCUCACUGUGUCAGCCACGAAUAGCACGGGAGCAAUUUUCAAUAGCUCCUUCGUCCCCAACGCUGGCACACUCCAACUCAUCAGCACCGGCGAGUAUGUGACCUCUGAUUCUUCGGGCAACUUCACCCUCUCAGCAAGUCGCGAAACAGUGUCGAGCUGGGAGCGUUUUGUCGUCCGCCAGAAGCUCGGAGCAGAAACUGGAGUGUAUUCGAUCAAGGCCGCUAGUAAUGGAUUGUAUGUCACUGUUAACAGCGACGGGUGGCUUAUCAACAACGGGGUCAGCGAGACAGAUAGUACUGGGUUCUAUUUCCACUCGACCUAG